ACCCUACCUAGAGCACUCUGCGUCGCAUGCACGCGCAACCUUUUUUUUCUAGGUUUUGAAACACAGCCAUGCUGUUCAAAGCCCCGUGUUCUGUUCAGCGCUGCUCAGUCUGACAGCCACAUCUCAUCGAUCAAGAGCUGAUCGAUACUUCAGUGAUCUAACUAUCGGAAUCUAAUCGGAGACUUUGCAAAAUGGAUGCAUCUUCUGAGGAAAGAAGUACAGAAAGCAAACAGAAUGCUGCGAAACCGCUUUAUCUGCGUUAUUUAGUGUCUUUUCCUACCAUAGUGUGUUUAGUGAUAUCGCUGAGUUCAAUAGCGGUGUGUUUUCUCAUGACUUUUAAAACGCACCAGAUGGAUAGCAGGCUGCGCGCGCUGGAGAUAAAGAUGAGUGACAUCUGUCAAGAAUCAUCUAUGGACGUCUCUGUUUCUCAGGAACUGCGGGAAUCCAUUGAGACACUCUUACAAGAGAGACUGAAUGAAGCAAUGCCGAAGUUGCGUGUGGCGAGAGACGUGACACAAGACUGCAACUGUCCUCCAGGUCCUCCUGGGAAACGUGGACGGAUGGGCAGAAGAGGUGACCCCGGACCCCCAGGCAAAUCUGGGCGCGACGGUUACCCGGGUCCACUCGGCCUGGAUGGCAAACCUGGUGCUCCUGGACUUAAAGGAAGCCAGGGGCUGCCCGGACCAAAAGGAGAUAAGGGUGACCAAGGAGACACUGGGCCAAGGAUGGUCUUUCCUCGUUACGAUCACGGCUACAUCUCGGCCGAUCAGCCCAGUUUCCAGAGGCGUAUGCUGAAGGGUGAUCAAGGACAAGCUGGCCCACCUGGACCUCCAGGGCCUCCUGGUGCACCCGGUGCUAGAGGGCCGCCAGGAAACACUGGGAAGGACGGCCCUCGCGGCCCACAAGGAGAUACAGGCGCUCCUGGACUAGAUGGAAUAGAGGGAGAAAGAGGUUUACCAGGACAACCGGGUGAAGUUGGUGAUCAGGGUUACCCAGGACCACAGGGACCCCCAGGGUUAAAGGGCGAGCAGGGAGAGCCAGGUCCUCAGGGUGACCGAGGAACCGAUGGUCUGCCAGGCUUGAAGGGAGAUAAAGGAGAUGUUGGAGAACAAGGACCCCAGGGCGAAACGGGCCUCACCGGUGAGAAAGGCACAUCAGCAUCUGGUGACAUCAUUGAUUUUAAUGGUAAACUCUUGGACGCCUUUCAGGCCAUCAAAACCAUCAGUGUCUCGGGACCACCUGGCCCUCCUGGACCCCCGGGACAACCAGGAAAAGAAGGUCCAAAGGGUGAACUCGGCUUGCCUGGGCCUGCUGGAGUUGAUGGCGAAAAGGGUGAGAAAGGAGACACUGGAGAGCCUGGUGAACUUGGAGAGAGGGGGGAGAAAGGAGAAAUGGGCCUGUCUGGUCCCUCUGGAGUGGAUGGGCAGAAAGGAGAGAAAGGAGACUCUAUACUAGAAGACAAUCUGGUUCAGAUGAUUUCACAGCCGGGACCACCAGGGCCUCCAGGUCCACCAGGACAACCUGGAUACAUGGGUCAUCGUGGCAUGCCAGGCACCAAAGGUGAUCCAGGGGAGAGUAUUAAAGGAGAGAAGGGAGAAAACGGUGCUUCAGGAAUACAAGGUCUUCAGGGUCCUCAAGGGCCCCCGGGAGCAACAGGAUUAGUUGGUCUACCCGGCACAAAGGGUGAAAAGGGAAAACCUGGGGAACCUGGAUUAGAUGGUUUUCCUGGCCUUAAAGGAGACAGGGGUGAGCGUGGGGAGAGAGGAGAGCAGGGAGAUCGCGGUCCUGUUGGAAAGAGAGGACUCAAGGGAAAGAAAGGCGAACAGGGGCCGCCAGGUCUGGACCAGCCCUGUCCCGUGGGAGGUGAUGGAUGUAAAAAAGAGGCGGUGGAAAUUGGGCAACCGGCCCCUGAGGCCCCCUGCCCACUGGGUCCUGAUGGACUUCCAAUACCAGGUUGCUGGCACAAGUGAUGUGUAACCUGAGGCAUGUCGUCUGUACAUAUUGAUGUGAUAUAUAUUGGAAUUUCAUACAGCUUUUUCACUUUUUAAAUAUUUUUUCAUUUUAUAAAGACAAGAGACUUCGAUGAACACUCUUCAGUGUUAUCUUUUCUAACUUUUUUUUUUUUUUUUUUUUUACCAAAUAGUGGAUGCUUUUGCAUUGUUUGAGUUAUAUACUUUUUUGAAUUCCUGGAUGACAGCUCAUUUCAGUAAUGAGCUCGGAGAAUGUUUGCAUGAGCAUGCUGGACCGACCCGCUCAACUGGUGCCGAUACAAGAAUUUUGCAUCACAUCCCGUUUUGUUUUUAAAAGGAGCAGGGAAUGCUUCAGAAACUCAAGAGGAAACGUCUCUCCCAGCCUUGAACUUCUUCAAGAACCCGAGCAGUUUCAAUGACUUUGCGGUCCCUCAAGUGACGGUAUCUCAAUAAUAUUGGUUAAUAUUGACUGUCCUCAAUGUGCAGGUCGAAUGAGGGUGCAAGCAGCCCUCGCUAUGGUCAAUAUUUUUCAUGGAGGAUCAUAAUUGAGCUCUUGGAGAUGAUUAGAGAUCAGGGAUUGGCCUCAUGGAUGCAGUAGCUCCAUAGAACAGUAACAGCAGCCUGAAAUAAGAGGCGUUGGCAUGGAGGUGAUGCAGAACAGAACGUUAUUUUGAGAAUUUUAAUGAGCAGUAAUUUAUAACGAUUUCAUUCUUAUGUGUUACUGUUUUAUGCUUGUUUUUUUUUGUUUGUAGUACAAAGCAUCAGGAAUUGACGCCCAAAGACUAACUUUUUGGAUGGUGAGCAAUUAAAUAUUAAUGCAAAAAUCACUUUCAUUAAAAUAAACACUACAUCCGUUUUAAAUCAGCACAGCUUCGUAGUGAGCGAGAAUAGUGUGUUAUACUGUACUUGAUUUUUGUUUUUCUUUAAUACUACUGCAUCUAUGUUUUGUUGCUCACAUUUGCUUUGUAUUUUAACUGUAACUACCUGCCGUUGUUUUUUAACGUCAUGAUCUUUGACACAUAUUCCAUAGUAUUGUUCAUAGUAAUUUAUGGUAUAUAUCGGUAUGCUUUUUGAAGAUGGCAAAACUGGUGUUUUUUGAGGACUUUGACAAAGUAUUGCCUUAUUAUAUUUCAUAUCACGAAGCAAAGAAAACAUUAGAGAUUCCAUUUUAUCAAUCUCACUUCGUUUCUUUGGUUUUCCAAGAUUUAACACAAAGACAUCCAGACGAGAUGUUUUUAAAGACGUUUUUAAGCAUGUUCAGCAUACAUUUCCAUUAUGGUGUAUCUAUCCUCUUUCGGGAUUUUACAACCAUUGAUAAGCUUUCUCGAAUAUUUAUUGUUAAUAAUCAGUGGUCAGUUCAUAUAAAGGAUCUUGUAUGCAUUAACUCAUAUGUUACAGAUGAAGGAUGGCGUCAAUUGGCUGACUAAAUGAGUAACUAUAUUGUGAUUUACAUAACUGUAAAAACUUGUUUGACCAACAGUAUUAUAGCGACAAUUCAGAAACAUUUUGAGACUAUUCAGUCAUUUUGAGAUUAUUUUAUUAUGGUUUUUACCUUUUUUUUUUGUACGCAAAGAAUGUUUAAUUUUGAAGGUAUUGGAAGAUUUUUGCUGCUGAAAUAGUAUUUGUAUUUAACAGUUGAUGUUGUUGGGUAAGGAAAACAACCUUACCAGCUGCCUGACAGCCAGUACAUGCAUUGAUUUGCGUUUGAAGAUGUUUUAUAAAAUAGAAAUUAAAGUUUGAUACUAGUAAUCUUAACUCGCCUGUCCUCUGACCUUGGUCUUGGUCAAAAAGCCGGGUGCUGGUGGCUGGCGUCUCAACAGUACUCCACAAUCCACAUUAUGUUUCUCACGGUCCAAUCAAUUCCUGGUGUAUGAAAUCAUCACAUCCUACUUUUUUUUCAUGAUUGCAUGAAUAUUCCUUUACACUUGGAAAUAUGUCACAUAAGGGUGCAAAUUCAUGUUGACUUUAAAUGCCAAGGAAUUGCAGAAACUUUGCUUAUUUUAGUAGCGUCACGUGAAAUCAUGUGUUUCUUUCAUUGGAAAAUAAAUCAAAUAUCUCAA